UGUUAGGAAGCAGUGAAUAAUUAGGAAUGGAAAGCUAGAAACAUAGUUGAUUUACCAAAUAACUGCAAAAAAAUAUUGGGAAAAAAAAUGCUUAGAGUGUAGGCAUGAGAGUGUUACAUUAAUGAUUAAACCCACAAACAGAAAGCAAGUAAUCAUUAAUAGUUAGCUGUGGACAUUGAAAUAAUUUACUAAGCUGAAUACUAUAUACUGGUUAUUAAUAAUUGGACCUUAGCUUGAACAUUGCAUCAUGUUGAUAAAAAUUGUUUCAUUAAUUAGAAUGUUGAAAUAAGGGGUUGUAUAUGGAAGUCUUGAUUGUGUUUUUUAGAUUGUUAAAAUAAAUACAUUUUUCAUAAUACAAUACAUAUGUUUUUAUUUUUGGUCAUACACAAUCGUGAAUUAUUUGGUUGCUUUGACUAAACUAUCACUCAAAUUGAAUGAUUAAACAAAUUCGAAUUUUAGCAUAGACUGUCGAGAUAAUUGGUAUCGGUGUUUGUCAUGUUUAUUUUUCUUGAAAUGUAUGGUACCAAUGCUCUUAUGUCGUCAUUGAACACUUCAAUUCAAUGCGCAAUAUUCCAACCAAUGAUAUUGUGUUGAGAUUUUAAGAUUAUCCUUCAUUUAUAAGUUAGAAAAAAUUCUAAAUUAAUUAUUAAAAUAUGAAAAUAGAAUAAUCAAACACCACAAAAUACUUAUAGGAGACUUAGCGGGCUAACUAACCGUGAUAGAAAAGUACUAUGUUUUUCAUAAUUUUAACUUCCUCUAUGUUUUGUAUUAGUAAAGUACAACAAAUGUGUCUAGUCUAAUUGGUUACAAUUCUUGUCUUUGAUGGAAGAGACCACGGUUCGAAUCCUAGCAUUGAUAUAUUUUUAUAUGAAAUAAAAAAUUGAUUGUGUAGACGAAAAUACCCUUCCUACUUUUACUCUCUUUGCAGGAAAUUUGAAAUGGAGCAAAUCAAACUCUUUAAAAUGUAUUAUAAGUAGUUUAGAUUAGAUGAAAUACCGUUACCAAAUUAUUGAGAUAAUUAGCUUCCAAAGAUUAUAGUUAUCAGAGUCUAAUUAAAAGGAGGUGGUGGGCUGGUGGGUUGUCAAAUGCAAGGUCUAAGAGGAGCAGCUGAGAGAAGUCCAACAGAAGCCCACCGUAGGGCUUGGGCCCAGCUUAUCAAAGAGCCACACUCACAAAACGACUCAAACACUUUUUUUUCCCCGCGGCGAUUCUUUCUUUCUGGCACCAACGCCGCUAGUUCGUUGUUCGAUCAUCGAUUACUAUGCCGGCUACCUCCGACGAUCGGGAGCCCGGCGGCGACGGCAACCGGCCAACCGAUUCUGAUCUUCAGUCCGUCUCCAGAGACUUGCACGCCGCCGUCUCCAACAGCCCACGUCUCAUCUCCCUGCACCUGAAAAACUACACCAAUAACCCUGCUGCCAUCAAGCGACCAUCCAUCCUAUGCGCCUACCGCACCAAAUCCCCCGUGCCUAGAGUCUGGCCGCAUCCCAAACGUGUCAUCUCCCUUUCGCCUGAUCUACAGCCGACCAAUAGGGACGGGGAACUGGCCAGCAGAGUAAUUUGCAGCGCAGGGGAAAUUGGUGUGUUGCUGCUCGGCAACGAAACCAUGUCAAAUCCUGAUUUCUGUUUGUGGAACCCAGCAACUCGCCUGAUCAGGCAGCUUCCCGACCCAUAUGAUUAUUGUGUUAUAGCCAAUAAAGCUGAAAUUUUCAAUACAUAUGGAGUUGGGUUCGAUCCAGUGUCGAAUGACAUCAAAGUUGUUCUGCUCCAUAGUAGUCACUGGGAUCCUCCUUCCUCCCAGGUUUUGGUUUACACAUUAGGGAGCGGAUGCUGGAAGGAGUUAGAAGGAGUGGAUGGUCGAUACUCCAUUGGCAGCCUCACUUGUCAUGCUACUUACUUUAGUGGUUCCUUGUAUUGGAUCUGUGGGAGCUCAGAGGUUAGCGUGGUGGCAUUCGACUUGGGGACUGACUCUUUCAGCAUGAUCAGCUGUGAUUUCAUUCACCCUUUCGGCUACAGGAGGAAUGAAGGGCUCUUCAUUUAUCGUGAUUCUAUUGCUUUGUUCGGGUGGGAUCGAGACUUAUCUGUCGGUGUCUGGCUGCUGAGCAGUACUGGUUUCGGGUCGGGUUCGAGUUGGAUCAAGCAUUCGACUCUCCCUCCUUGGGUUGGAAGCCUGCAUCCACUGGUAUGUUUGAACGAAAAUCAAUUUGUUGGAUACUGUAGAAAGGACCCUCCUACUACAUUUGCAUAUCAUAGCAAUGCCGAAGCAGAUUACCUAUUGCAAUUGGUGUUAGUCGAUAUUUCUGGUGGUGCUCAAGUAACUGUUGAAGUCCUGAGACUGAUACCCAGUUGCUUGGGGAUAUACGGAUGUUUCAGUUACAAAGAAACUCUGGUUUCCCUUGCUUAAAAGUGAUGGCUACCAAGCUUUCUUACAUAUGUAAGAUUGAUCAGACUUACGAACAAGUGCAUGGUUUAGUGGUAAUACCACUAGCCUAGAACCUGAGCAAGCACGUAAUUAUCGCUCAAAAUUCGGUACCAUAAUAUGAAAUGGUUUUUUACCAUACUACUGGCUGUGCUCAAGUUCUUAUACCAUGCUGCUUGCUAUGAUCUCUGAAGACUUUUGUGCAUGCUUUCUUAGAAGGUUUAUCAGACUUCGGUUGCAUUGAUUUUUCUCUUUUGAUAUUUGCUUACUAGCAAUGAUGAUAUAGUAGUGCAGUGUGGUGAGAUGACUCACUUGUGUUGGACUGUUGGUUGAUUCUAGUGCUCGAGGAGGUGAAGUUUUGAUACCAAUUUGUCAUUGGGGUCGAGCGAUGGUUUAAUGACAAAGAAACUUUGAUUUUGCUAUCCAACAAUAGCAAGUUACGGUUGUAUUUAUUUUUUAAUUAGUUAGAUUGACUCAAAUUGGAUAGUAUAAAAUUUUAAAACGGACAACAAUAGCAAGUUAAGGCUAUUGGUCCUUAGAAUCUGAUCACGGCCCGAUCACAAGUCACCGGAGCUCGGUCACUGAUCAUCGGGGUUUAGUCACUGAUUAUUUAAUUUUAUACUAUGUUUUAUGAGAUUUGGGGUUUGUUUGGUCGUGUUUCUGAUAUAGUUUUGUGUGUUUUGGUCUUGUGCUUUUGGUAUGUAUUAGAAGGUUUCUUAUGUGUUUAAGAAAAUUAGUGGUCAAUUUUCUGGUGUUUGUAGUAUGUUUCAAGAGAUUUGGUGUUUGUAGUAUGUUUCAAGAGAUUUGUAAUAUUUGUGGUCUGUUUUGUAAUUUUGUACUUGGACGUUAGAGUGGUCAAACUUCCUUACCACUUGUUGUGGAUUUCGAGGGGGAGAUAUUUUAUUUAGUUUAGGAACAAUUUGUGAAGAGGGCAACUUUUGGGUUUGCUAAACAAUUUGUAGGUUUUGAUGGAUAUUUUGGAAUUUUAAGGGUUACUUUAUGCGUCGCCAAUUCGAAGGUAUGGCCAUAUCGUUGCAAUAUCGUGGGCAUGGUCUCCAAUAAUAUUAUGUCAAUGCCAUAACUAUAACUAGGGUUGGAAGUUUGGUACCGCUGUUUAGAAUAUACUGAAUAACGUGUUGAACUUAUCACUAUUUGCAUUGGCGGAGCCACAUUGUUAGUCGUGGGGUCAAUGCACCCCACUUAGAAGGUAAAGCUCAUUGGCGGAGCCACAUUGUUAGUCGUGGGGUCAAUGCACCCCACUUAGAAGGUAAAGCUAAGUCAAAAAAUGCAAAGUUGUUUGGGGAAUUGAACUUUGGACACCAUGAUUCAAACUCAAUACCAUUAUCAUUAAGGCAUGAGCUUUAUUUGAUUAAUAAUUGGACCCCAGUGUACUAAUCCUCUGGCUACGCCAAUGACUAUUUGGUAUUAUCAAAUACCAAUUUAUUUUUUAAGGAUUGAGAUUGGGGUUCAUUAUGGAGUUUUAUUCGGUAUUCGGGUUUACAGGUUUGGGAUCGGCAUAUACCGAAAUAUCGAGAAAUAACAAAAUUUAAAAUUAAUGAAAUAUAACACACAACCUUGGCCAUUCCCCACUCUUUCACAACUCACAAGUCCCCAUCCAACUCAAUUUUAGCUUUCCAAUUUAAGUCACUCUCAACUCUCACUUAAUCUCUUGUUAUUUCCAUAACACCAAAUAACACACACUAGUAUUAGUCGUCUCUUAGCCUCUAAUUCGUCGAAUUAAAAAUUACCAAUGACAAGAACUCGAGAUGUCAGCUCUCCUUCCUUCUCCUUAUCCGUGUCCUAGUCUAGACAAACUCAAGACUCUUUGCUUAGUCUAUUUGUCUUAAAUUAAAUAAUUAAUUAAAUUUGUAUAUUUAAUUAUUAAUUAUAAAGGUAACUAAUUUUGUAUUCGAUAAUAUCAAUUGGGAUACCAAAAUACCGACUAGAAUACAAAAAUAUUUAGGAA